AUGUUCCGGCGGAAGUUGACGGCCCUGGAGUACGAGAAUGCCCAGAACGUGGACCUGACCGAGCCCAGGAACUUCCGUGCCCUGGUGUCCUGGCUGGAAGACCGCAAGAUCCGCAACUACAAGGAGCAGGACCGCACCGGACUCCGCAACAUCGACGCCCCGGACUGGGAGCAGCACUUUUUGCAGUACCUGGACAACCUCGUGUGUCCCGUGGACCCGCUGGGCGGAGACCGGAAUGCCGUCCUCGACUGGCUCCUGGGCUACGCCGUCCGACUCGAGUUUGCCGACAAACGACAAGAGUACAACAAUGAAAACAAGACGACGACGACGACGACGACGACGGCUGCCAACGCGCCCGUGUCCGAGAACCCGUUGGACAAGCUGGACUUUCAGCACGCGGACUUCGUGCGUGGCGUCAACUCGUUGGCGGACGCGCUGAACAUUGCCCCUCACCCGGACCACUUGCUGAGACUCAAGGCCUGCUCGAGGCUGAUGCAGGACCGUUUGCAGGGCUACGUGGCCAACGGGAAGACGUUUCCGGCGCCGGAGGGCCAGCCGUUCCCGCUGCAGGACACCGACUUGGGCUUCGACACCAAGGACCCCGUGCUGAACGAGGCGGCCAAGAUCCUGCGACUGCUGUUUGUGCACGACAUUCGGAGUUUGCAGACGCGGGUCAACGAGAUCAUCGUGGCGGCGCAGAAGGUGACGGCGAACCCCAAGACGGACACGAGACUGGGCAAGGUCGGCAGUUGA